AUUCACCUCAUUUAUGGCGGUUUACGCGUCCUUUCCUUACUUUCUGAUAUCUGGGUGGUAUAUUGGGCCAAAGGACUCAGUUUGGUUGAUGAAGAAGUGGAGAAAAAGGAGAAAGAAGAUGGGACUGUUCGGGAACUGGAGCCGCUGAAUAAAGAAGAGAAAUCAGAUCCCAAAGUUGAGGUUUUGGAUGGUGAAAAAGCCCUCAAAGAUUGA